UGCGGCGAGUCACGAGUGUGUACUUUUUAUGGGGGGCGUGGAACACCUGUGUACGGAUGCUUAACCUGCUUUGCUGUUGUCAGUAGGAAGGCGUGAAAGUGGAAUGGCAAGUACAGAGAACAGCCAGCUUUUAUCGGACGACCGACCUGGCUCGUAUUUGAACGAAGAUUCCAGCCAAACCCAGAAGUCUUCGGCGGACAAGAUGUCGGAGGGUUGGUUCAUGCACGUGGACAAGUUCCUGGACAACCUCCGUCUCAGGAACGAGCUUAUCCGUCAAUUUUGCGCCGAGCUCCUGGGGACGUUUAUGCUAGUGUUGAUUGGUGAUGGAGCCAUUGCGCAGAUGAAGUUCUUCGGUGGGACGGGCACUGGGGCAGGUUUUCUGAACGUCAACAUCGGCUAUUCCUUCGGCUUGAUGCUGGGGGUGUAUUUCACAGCAUCAGUGUCAGGUGGUCAUUUGAAUCCGGCGGUGUCACUUGCCUUCUGCACCUUGGGCAAGCUGAAGUGGCUUGCCUUCCCGGUCUACAUGUUGGCUCAGUUCAUCGGUGCCUUCCUGGCCGCGGCCAUGGUCUUCGCCGUCUAUUACGAUUCCAUUGACAAAGAAGACCACAAUAGGACGGUGGUGUUACCGACCAGUACGGCGGGCAUUUUUGCUACUUACCCCACACCGGGGCUGUCCUGGGGUGUCGGAUUCGUCGACCAGCUCUUGGGCACGGCCCUCCUGAUGGGUGGCAUCAUGGCCGUGACAGACAGCAAGAACUCCAAGCCACCCAGCGGUCUGGAACCCAUCUUCGUUGCCUUGACUUUCUUCGCUGUGGGCAUCAGCUUCGGCUACAACUUUGGCUAUGGCAUCAACCCUGCCAGGGACUUCGGACCGCGUGUCUUCACCGCCCUUGCCGGCUAUGGGUCCGAUGUCUGGACACAAGCUGGGGUUCACUGGUGGAUCAUCCCGACCUUUGUGCCCUUCCUCGGGGCACCGAUAGGAGCCUGGGUGUACUACCUCGGUAUCGGCAUGCACUGCGAGUCGGCCUACAAACGACACGAGGACAACGCGCAGUUACUGGAGUCUCAACCAUCGAUGACGGAAGACAAGUAACCGCACACCCUGAAAACUAACCAGCUUACGUUGCAUGAAUUAAAUCUUAUGAUCGUGUUAACCUCUGGCUGUUUCAUGUAGUCUGGUUCCCUGACCUGACAAUCACCUUUAUAUGCCUUAAUCGAUCGUUGGUCAAAUGAUCGUUAAAUCUACAAAAUUAAAAAAUGACGCAGCUAAACUCUGCCCUUGUCUUAGUACAUACUCUAUGCACAAGGCCUAAAUGGACAUUAACUCAAAAUUGUCUGGAAACUUCGGACAACGUGACAGUGCUAGUGGCGACUACCUGACCUAAGAUUCAUCAAAAUUUUCAAAACCCUUUGGUCUGGGAACCAGACUAUGUUUCAAUCUGCAUAAAAUAGUGUAACAUCAGUUAUGGACACCGUGCAAGAACAGUACGUGGUAUCGACCUACGUGUAUGAACGUAAGGAGAUGGUGCUCGUGCGAAUUGCGCGUAUGACAGAGUACCAUGACCACAUUUCAUCUGAAUUUGCACAAACACGAAGCGUGUGCGCAUGCGAACGCCAUGAGCAUGGGCUUCCGAUGACGGGCUUACGUGCUGGCCUUAGCCUUUUUCUCUGCCCACCGUUGAGGGGGUAUUUGUGCACGGAGUUCAAAACCCUUGAAUUUCAGCAUUAUUUACCCAUUACUAAAUGUAACACUUAUUAUUUUUUUUCAAAGGUUAUAAAGACAGCUGCAACUCACUUGCCUCUUGCACUGAAUUCGUAUAAGUCCAGAAAUUGUAUUUGCUUUUUUGUGAUGUAUAGAUAAUCUCAAUGGCGCUCUUGACUGAGCUGUGUUCGUGGUUAAGAUUUCGUUUCGUUCGGGGGCAAGUUUUCUCAAUGCAUGGCGAUGACAGUCUACUGCCCUCACUCGUAAAUUGUAUUCUUGAAGGGGAAGCUUUGGGACAUAAUUAACUUGAUCUGAUUUCACACCUUGGUUAUGAUUUUGUUUUAUUCAGCGGAAAGUUUUCUCAAUGCAAUGUGAUGGCAGUCUGCUGCCCUCACUUGUCAAUGAGAGACUUUUGAGACGUUGGUGACAUCAAACACACCGGUCCUUUUUCAAUUGUUUACCUCAUGUUUUAGUUAAAGCGCGCAUGCUCAAUACUGACAUAAGCAAUGGAAAAUGACCGGUGUGUUUGCUGCCACCAGCGUCUCAAAAGUCUCCCAUUGUAUUCCUAAUAGGGGAAGAUUUGGGACAGAUAUUAAUUGAUCUUUAUUUCACACUUUGUCUUAAGAUCGGUUAACAUUUUGUUUCAUUCAACAGCAAGUUUUCUUAAUGCAACGUGAUGGCAGUCUGCCGCCCUCACUCGUCAAUAGUAGAAGGAGAAGAAUUGGGACAGAAAUUAAUUUGAACUUUAUCUAACACAUUGUCUUAACACUCAGUGCAGAGGGGCAAAUGCACAGCACACAUUUGAUACAUCAGUUAUUUAGAUCUAAUUCUGAUUAUACGCAAUGACUGUUCUACUAGCUUUUGCAACCGUAAACAGACUUGAAAUUUACCGCCUUAUUAUCGGCAUCUUAAUUGUUUUUUUCCCGUUGCAUGUGUAUUUAUAGUUGCGUAGUGCAUGAUGUGAUGCAUGAACUGAUAUCGAAGUAAUACUAAUUUAUCAUCUUUUUGGUUGAAUCGCUUAAUCUGACGCACUAACAGCCGGGUUUAAGAAUCAGGUACAGCACUUUUUUUUUUCUUGAGGGGAAAUUUAAUUUUUUUUUAAAGUGCAUGUUUUGUUUUAACGAAAAAACUUGAAAUCGGGCGGCUGCAACCCUCUGAAAUAAGGAAUAUCAUUUUGCGCAGAAAAUGAACCCGUCCUGUGAUACGAAGUAUUUUCUGGCAGCCAAUCAUUCGAUUUGUGUGAAGAAAUAAUUUAAUUACUUAACGUCGGUGCCUUUUUUUCGGUGGAUUUGUUUUUUUCAUUUGAUGUCUCAUUCAUAAAUGAAUACAUUUUGUAUUUCUAGGAAAAUAUUAACUGAAAAAAAAAAUCUAUUUUUCGAGGUAAAACCCGAAAAUAUCACGGGGGAUGCAUCUGUAAGUAACGAUUUUGCUUAAAUGUUGUGCGUUAAAGCCAAAGAAAAACCCUUCGUGUGGCUAUGAUCAUGUCACAGUUGAGAUGGGCAUUGGGCACUAUCGGGAGUGAAUUGAAGAAAACGUCUUUCGUAUGGUUGUUUGGAAGUUGUUUCAAGCGCAAUGUCCAAUACUAAAGCUUAUGUACAGUUGAUACUGGAGUUUUGUAUCGAGAACUGUGAUUGUAUUUUUUUGUAUAGAAGGAUAACCGUAUGAAAUUACGUCAUUUAUGCGUUUCUGACAGAUUUUUCUCACUGCCAUGAACAAGCACAAACAGUGUGCGAACAGAAUGUUUUUAACUGAAAGGAUUUAAUAAUUUUCUUUUCUGUAUUACCUAAAGAUACCACAAUAAUGCAGGUCGUUCAAAAUAAUAAUGGGUAUGAACUGUAUGUAAUUUAAAUAGUUUCUCUAAUUGGUGUCAAAUGCUAUUUUGAACCUAAAAUACACUUUUCUGCGUUUAUUUGAUUCUGAGUGCUUGUUCAGUACAAAUAAACACUUUCUGGUGAAAAU